UGUUAGCUUAGUGUGCUAGUUAGCUACCCAACUAGCGGGACAAAAACACUAUGCUCCUUUUGGUUUUUUUUCCCUUUUUGUGUUGAUAAGAAAUAUUCAGUAAAAUACUAUUAUCGGGUUUACUCAGAGUCAUGUUUAUAACCGACUGACUGGGCAUUGGAAGGAAUUUAACGUUAGCAUUACGUUAAGUUAGCUUAGCGUUAAGUUAGCUUGUUUUGUUGUGUGUGCUGACUAAGGUAGCAAUGGACCGGCACAGACACCAACACCGCCAGUCAGCACACAAAAGAGAGAGAGAUGGCAAUGGAAAACAACACUGUGAGAAUAAAUACUACAGACCAAACACCCACCAGUAUCAGUCUGUGCCAACUGCUGUGCAAAACCCACUCAGCUCUCGGUGUUUGAGCACCAGAAGGGAGCUGUAUGAAAGAGACUUUCCAGUGUACAAACAGCCUGUCGAAGUCGGAUGUUUUUCCCUGGACUCUGAGCGCAGAUUCUUCAAUGACAGACGGCAAAUGAGAUACUAUGUGGAACCUGACAGAAAUCCUGAUUUUGACCUGAAGGAUGGAUACAAGGACCGCUAUAUAAAGAGAGAUGAAUGUGUGAAGGAAAAGCUGGACCACAUCCUACGCUGGAUCUUGGCCAACAGAUCGAAGCUCAACUCAAAGGUCACCACGGCCUCAUCAUGUCCUCUAGAUGUCGACUUUGUGACAUGGCGUGGCCAUCUAACCAAGCUGUUGACCACUCCAUACGAGACACGGGAGGGCUGGUUGCUGGCGGUUACCAAGUUCAGGGGCACGAUUUACAUCAGUGAAGUGGAAACAGAAGCUGCUCGCAGGGAUCAAGAGAAUCGCACCGAGAGACAUGAAGAGAUGAUGUACUGGGGAUACAAGUUUGAGCAAUACACAUGUGCAGACAGCGUCGACACUCGACCUGACACAGGUGGCGUAGUUAACACUAACGAGGCCUUUUGCACUGUUGUGCAAACGCGGCUCACAGAUCACAGACUCCUGUUCUCCGGUGAGGUGGACUGCCGGGACAAGGAUCCCAACGCUCCCGCUCCUCCCGCGUGCUACGUCGAGCUCAAGACCUCUGCAGAGAUCUGCACCCCCAAACAGCGCAGCACCUUCCACAGGUUCAAACUGCUGAAGUGGUGGGCCCAGUCUUUUCUCCCAGGAGUACCCCGUGUUGUGGCAGGUUUUCGGGAUCAUGAAGGAGUGGUUCACACCGUGGACACUUUUCCCAUCUCAAAGAUCUCACAUCUGAUCAAGAAUGAGCACAACUGCUGGAGGCCGACAGUGUGUAUGAACUUCUGCUGUGAGUUUCUGUCUUUUGUGAAGCGCACCGCGACUGAAGACAAUCCAAGUGUGGUGUACCUGUUCUCCUGGGAGCCGCACAGAGACGUGACGUACUCCGUCCACAGGGACUCCCAGUAUUCCUUCCUGCGACACUGGUAUGUAGAGGAGAUGACCAGUGCUCAGGUAUCACACAGUCAGUCCUAAUUUACAACCAAGAAAUGCUCAACUUGGGCUGUUACUUGAGAACUCCAAUGGAGGAUUAUUUACCAAAAUAUGUUGGCAUUUUAUAUGUUUACAGUUUUUACAGUCUCAACUGUUUUUGUGUCACUCAUCACCGCCACAUGAUCCUCUGAUAUUUGUUCAUUUAUUUAAGCAAAAUGAGUUGCACCAUGGUCUUUUCAUCUUGCAUGUGAUGAAUUUACAUAAAACAGCAGUUAAACACUGAUGUCAGUAUUUUUUUCUCAAAUUUUAUUAUGUUAUAAUAAUAAUAAUUUAAACCCCAAACAGUGGUGUGUUAAUUGAAACAAAUUAGAAAGCCACAUGUUUAAAAACGUUUUGAUGUGAAUAAAUGAAGAUGACUUCAAGUAAGUAUUGUGUCCACAGAAAAGUAACUUUUUUUGUAAACUGUUGAGUUCAGAACAUUAGCAGUAGUCAUUUAAUUAUGUCCUUAAUAACAAUUCAUCUAAAAGGAAUGCACAUAAUAAAUAAUUAUUACAUUACAGCAAUGUUUUUUCUUAUAAAACAAGCUUUCAUUAUGGAAAAAACAGAACAAUAAUGAAUAUACACGCCAUAGUCCAUUAACUAUUGUGUCAUUGUCUUUGUUAUUGUUUUAGUGACACAUUCACCAGCUUUCAGCUCCUUAACUAUUAAAUAAGGCUUAUUUUAUCCUGAGUUAGUAAAAAUUUCUCUGCUCAGAGCCGUGUUAACAUUUAUAAUAAUAAACUUUAUGUAUAUAGCCUUUAUUCUAGGCAUGGGGGCAUACAAACUAAACUAGAAUAAUAAAAUCAAUUGCUUUUCUGUCCACUAGAAACAUUUUGCAGCAAUAACAAUGAAGUGAGAUUACAGAAAUUACAGAAAACUUGAUCUGAUUAGAUAAAAAAGUUUUCGUUUGGGGAUGUAAUUUGUAGUUAAAAAAAGGUUAUGAAUUGCUAUGAUAAAAAAAAAAAUCCUAAUAAUAUUGUACCUACUUGACAUUUAUUGGCUCACUCUUUCCUGUCCUUCUUCCAUAAGCACCUUUAGGUUCCCUCGAUAUUAAAAACCUACAUUUGCCCACCGCUCAAUAAAAACAUUAAAGUAGAACUUUGAUAAAAAUUUAAAGACAUUUAAACCAUGAAUUCAUGCAGAAAAGGCACAAAUUGGUGCAUAAAGUAUGACCAGAAUGCAGGAUUAAGUGUUUGAUGCUCAAAAUUUUCUGCCAUCGUUUCAUAAACGCCACCCCCCCCACAAAAAAAAUAUUGAAACGUAAUUGAGGCCCUUGGCAGCAGGCAGAUCAUUCGCCCAUACUCACAUACAUGGUGUACCUGAGAAGAGCAGGUGUGUGAGACGCCAAAAGGUCUGAAACAUAAUAGUGGAGGAGCUCAUCUGAUAAAUAAUGUCAUUUCUAGUUUUGUUAAAUUGACAGUAAACUUAUGACAUGCAACUUGGGUACACACUGAUUAACACAACAAACAAUUAAAAGGAUCUUAUAAAUGUGAGGUUACAAAACAGCGCCUCUUGUAAUGAGAAAACUCAUGUUAACAGAUUAAACGACCAGUUAAACACAAACCAAACAGAUGAAUCGACUUUGAAACUGGGUUUAAGGUGAAAGGCAGCAGAAACUCCCAUUCAGUAAAUCAGAAAAAAGAAAAAAGAGCAGCAUGAUAAACAAAUACUGUAAAUUUACUGCAAAACCCUAAAUAAACAAAACUACUAACAGGACACUGAGACAAAAAUGUUCAUACUGACCGGUACAAUCGUGAAGACAGGAGACACAGAUAUUGACAUCAGCUCAUAGUACAGUUUUUCAGAUAUAAUUAAUAGGCACUUAACACCUACCGCAGCGUUUGUACACAUGUACUCUUAAAUUGUAAUAGAUACCAAUUCCCAUUUAUAUUUAAGUCAUUUUUACUUAAUAUAUUACAAUUGUUCAAAUUAAAACCUAUGAGCUGGAAAGAGUCUAUAAAUAUGAAUGGGAGCUCUUCUCCCUUUCACCGUUAUUGUUACUACUGCUAAUGUGUGUGUAAUAAUGCCAUCUUAAAUCAACACAUUUUUAAAAAAAAAAUCACAUUAAUCUGGCAAAAAAUGAGAUUUCUAUCAAACUCUGUUAAGUGCACAGUUAUAAGACAGUGUGUGAAAAAUGGUCCGGUAGCUUAAAUCAAGGCAUGAAUAAAUAGGUAGCUCGUCUUAUUGAUAUUAUCAUUUGCUAUGCUAAUGUUGAAGGAAAAGUUCCACAAUUUGGGAAAAAAAGGGUGUUCGCUUUCUCGCUGAGAUUUUGAUAUAAAGAUACCACUAAUGAGAGAAGUAUGAAUCUUCUUGUUUUGCUCUUUGCAAGAAAGCAAAUAAGCAUUUAAUGUCAUGUGAUGUCAACUUUUCCCUCACAAAUACUGUGAUGUGUUUUAGUUUUUAAAAUCUCAGCUGGUAAGAUCACUAACAACCAUCCAUCAGAGAUUCACCAGCAGAGAAAACCAAGAUCAGUCUGCACCAAUGUAACCAGUUAAAGACCCAGUGAAAUGAAAAAUACAUUUCCCAAGUUUAAAUCCUGUGUCCCCGCAUUAAUUGGUCAUUUAUC